UGUGGGUGUCUGAGAUCAUGCUCCAGCAGACACAGGUGGCUACAGUGAUCGACUACUACAACCGCUGGAUGCAGAAAUGGCCAACACUGCAGGCUCUGGCACAGGCAUCCCUGGAGGAGGUGAACAAGUUGUGGGCUGGGCUUGGCUACUACUCGAGAGGGAAGCGUCUGCAGGAGGCAGCAAGGAAGGUGGUGUCCGAGCUGGGCGGCCACAUGCCCAGGACGGCUGAGGCCCUGCAGAAGCUGCUGCCGGGAGUGGGCCGAUACACAGCGGGAGCCAUUGCAUCCAUCUCGUAUGGCCAGGGCUGUGCUUGGCUCUUGCUCUCCCCUCACUUUGGGGUGCAUCUCACCCACUGCCCAGCUUGGCCUGUGGGUUGGCCUCUGUGUUCCUCU